AUGAUAUCUUGUGUUCAUGUCGCCCUCGCCGAACGCAUUAACCUACCCGCAUUGCUCAAUUCCAAAGAGCUGGUCUGCGCCGAUUGCGACUGUCACGGCCCCAACCUAUGGAUUUGCCUAUACAAAAACUGCCUAAGAAUCGGAUGCGCCGAGAAAUCCAACGACCACAGCACCCUACACAAUGCGACCAGCCCGACGCACUGCGUGCACAUGAACCUGUCGACGAAGCGGAUCUGGUGCUACGAGUGCAAGCGCGAGGUCUUCAUGUCGCAGGACGACAGCGACGGGACGGCGGCGGCGUCGGGACGCGCCAUCGACUCGGGCCGAGGCAGCUACGCGACGCUGCGCACGGCGACGCCGGACGCCGACCGGCGCGGCUCCGCCGGCGACGCCUCCGAUUCGAGCGACGCCGACGCCGACGCGGAGUACCGCCCGUACGCGGCCGACCGCCCGCGCGGCCUCGUCGGCCUGCAGAACAUCGGCAACACGUGCUACAUGAACGCCGCCCUGCAGGCGCUCAGCAACACCGAGCCCCUCACGAAAUUCUUCUUGGAUUGCUCGUACGUCGUGCACCUGCUCAGCGACGGCAAGAAACCCGGCCUGAGCAGGACCUAUCAGGCCCUUAUGCGCGACGUGUGGAUCAAACGGAUCAACCAAGGUUACGUCACACCGUCAGGUAUAUUAUACGGCAUACGAAGCGUACACACGAUGUUCCGCGGCUACCAGCAGCACGACACGCAGGAGUUCCUGCGCAAUUUCAUGGACCAGCUGCACGAGGAACUGAAGCAACCGUCGCCGCCCGAUCUACAAUCGAACCUCCACCAUCAUCAUCAUAACCACUAUCACCAUCACCGUCGCCAACACCAGGCGCCGUCGGCGUCGAAUUCGAGCGGUUCGGCGUCGUCGGCGUGCGACGCCGACACCUUCAGCCUGGCGAUGGAGGAGCCCUGUGCGGCGCACGCGCCCCUCAUGCCGGUCAAUUCGUCGGGGUACGAUUCGAGCGAGGCCGAAUACGAAACGUGCGAUUCGGGCGUGAGCGAACGGUCGAGUUUGAGCGACGACAACGACAGGCCGCCGAGCAACGCCAAGAGGAGAUUGAGCCGGUGCUCGAGCCCCAAUAGGAGGCAGAAGCAGCGCGUCGUUAUCGAUUCGCAACCGACCACAUCGAAUACCAGUUCCUCCGAUCAACCAACGAAUAAGAAACAACAACCGAAAUAUCGAUCGAUCAUAUCGGACAUAUUCGACGGGAAAUUGCUGUCGUCCGUCCAAUGUUUGACGUGCGACCGCGUCUCCAGCAAAAUCGAAACAUUCCAGGACCUGUCGCUGCCGAUACCGUCGAGGGACCAUUUGCAGGUGUUGCACGGUCGCAGCCAACCGCCCGCCGCAGGUACCUGUUCGGAGGCGCUGAUGCCGAUCGAAGACGGCUGGGUGUCGUGGCUGUUGACGUGGCUGCGGAGCUGGUUCUACGGGCCGACGGUGACGUUGCACGAUUGCCUGGCCGCCUUCUUCAGCACCGACGAACUGAAAGGCGACAACAUGUACAGCUGCGAGAAGUGCAACAAGCUGCGCAACGGCGUGAAAUUCAGCAAGGUGCUCCAGCUGCCCGAGGUGCUGUGCGUCCAUCUGAAACGGUUCAGGCACGAGUUGAUGUUCAGCAGCAAGAUCUCGUCGACGGUGAGCUUCCCGUUGCGCGGGCUCGACAUGCGGCCCUAUCUGCACGUCGAUUGCGCCUCGAAGGUGUCGUCGUACGAGCUGUUCUCGGUGAUUUGCCAUCACGGCACCGCCGGCGGCGGUCACUAUACCUGUUUCGCGGCGAAUUCGGGCCAGUGGUACGAGUUCGACGAUCAGUACGUGACGAAGGUGAGCGCCGAUAAGGUGCGCGACUGCGAGGCGUACGUGCUGUUCUACAGGAAGGGCGGGCAGGCGUCGGAGGCGGCUCGAAGGAAGGCCGAGGAGAUGUUGGAGCGGUGCGCCGGCGAGGGUUUGGAGGAGCCCAUCAAGCGAGCUUAUAUAUCGAGGCAAUGGAUUAACAGGUUCUACUACUGCAGCGAACCGGGCCCCAUCGACAACUCGGACUUCCUCUGCCAACACGGCGCCGUCAGUCCCGAUCGCGACGUCGACAUCGACAAAAUCGCGACGGCCGUGCCGCUCGAGCUCUACCAGUAUUUGCACGGGAAAUUCGGCGGUUGCGCGCCGUUCGUCGAUUGCGCCGUCUGUCCGGCGUGCGCCGCCCUCCAGGGCCGCCUCCUCCACGAGAUGGAGACCUUUCUGCGGGCGAGCCGAGACGCGCAGGCGCGCGACGCCCCGCACACGCACUACCUGUCCAGCUCUUGGUACACGCAAUGGCACAAUUUCGUGCAGAAGCGCAACCACGAACCGCCCGGUCCCAUCGACAACACCAAAAUCGAUCCGGACCGAUUGGACGCCAAAGAGGCGGCCGACGUGCCCGAGGCCGUCUGGACCUUCUUCCACGACAUCUACGGAGGGGGCCCGGAGAUCCGGAUAAGGCGGCCGGACUCGCCGGAGGAGGCGCCAGCCAGGUUCUGCGAGAAGGUGGAGAGCGAGGAGUCGGACGCGGCGGAGGAGAAGCGCCGGAGCGGAUUGGCGCAGGGCGAGCCGAUGGAGACGUCGGAGGGCGUCGCGACGGAGAACGGCGAGCCGGAGAACGGGUACGACGUGGAGGACGGGAGGAAUUCGUCGAUUGAUGCGAUGCUGCCAAAUAAUAAAGUAGAUAAUAAUGCGGAGAGCGCGGGGGAGGAGGCGGAGAAGGAGGCGGAGAAGGAGAGUAAGGAGUACAGGAGUCACAGGAGAUAUCGAAGGAGGAGGAAAAACUAG